UCAGUGACGGAAGUUAAGUAUAUUGUCAUGCUGGCCAAGCAGGGAGAUUGAUAGAUAAACAAGCCCGGCUAGUUAUUAUAGGCUUAUUAUAGCUAGAAAAUAAAGGGAUUUAUUUCAGUAAGAAACACUACAACGCAGGAACAUUUUACUGCUGUAUGGAAAACGCAACAACGCAGCCAGAGUGGUGGGAGUAGCACCUUUUUGUGAAUAUGAACCAAGAAUGGUAGCCUACAUACAAAUGAAUAUUCUUGGCAUCUCUGUCUUUUCUCUCAUGCUGCUACCUCUGGUGUUGUCUUGUGACAGCAACAGGACUAUGAGAGAGAUCGCUGAGGACUACGAGACUGUCAUCUACCCGCUUCUUCAGAACCUUGAGAACAACAUCACGGAAUCAUUAAAAGUGGUUAAUAAAACCUGCACGGAGAAGGAAAUCGCUGAAUGUGAGAAGGAUAAAGAGAGACAGUUCAUCCACAACAUGCUGUGUAGCCAUACCAGACUCAUCAGGCUCUAUAAGCUAGAGAGGCUCAAGAGAGACAUCCUGUGCUCACUGGGCCGCCACUGUCCUAGAAAACAGAGGAGUUCACAAGGACAGAAUAUAAAGAAGGUAGGAGGAGAAAGGGAGGAGGAAAACAAGAAAACUGAGGAGAACAGAGGGACCACGGAGGAAGGAGGGGAGAGGGUGGACAGUGGGAAACAGCAGAGACGAGAUAAAGGGGAGGGAAGGAGGAGCACAGAGGCGAUGGAGCGGAGGAGGAGACGGUGUGGACAGAAGGUGUUUGUGGACAGCUUGAACGGGUGCUACAUGUCCCUGGCUGAAAGAUAUGGAGGCCUGACAUGAGAGGAGAGACGUGGCCCGGAGCUUACCGCACCAAGAACCAACAAACUUACUGUAAAGUGUAUAGUUACUGUAAAGAAAACAAUGAUACCAUACGUCCUGUAAAGUAGUAUCGUCUUGCCAGACACUUACUUAGAAUAAAAGUGUCUGCUAAAUAUUCAUCCUAUUAUAAUAGACAAAGGCGAAAAUCUCUGUGGUAUCUAACAAAGUGUGGGGUGUUCUGUUGCGAUGAUGAAACUAGUGUCGUAAUGAUAAGUCUGUGGCACAGUGCAAUUAUGCUAAAGCAAACAAAGAUGAUUGAUUGCUUGUGUACAAAUGAAGUGCACUUUUGAGUAGAGAGACUUGUAGCUCAUGAUGUCCCUCUUUCUGCUGCAGUGAGUGGUAUUGGGCAGUGAGCCUGGCCUCAGGUGUGUGACAGCGUUGCUUUAUUAUUAUAGGAUGGCAGUUUGAAAGCCUAUUACGCCAAGGAUGUUUGCUUUCAAGUCGGUGUCUUAACUGAAAUCCACAUAGGGCUACUAAAAACCUUCCCCGAAAGCUUCCUGGGAAAUUCAACCAACGCCUUUCGCACAAGCCCUUAUUUGAUGAAUGAAACUCAUCUUGACCUGAUUUCAAGCUUUGUAGAGUAGUUUUCCAAGCAUAAGGCACCAUGAUAUAAAAUGUUGUCUUAUUGUAACUGUAGCAUUGGUUUUAGUACUAUUUAUUUAUAUUCUGAAAUCAUAUUGACUCCAGUGUUAACUGUACCCCUGUAAUCCUUUUAUUGUGUAGCACUUAAAUUAUCCCCUGCAUGUGUCAGAGCAAAAUAAGAAGUGUUGAUGUGAUCCUUAGGCCACUAUAACUCUACAUUAAUAGAGUUUAAACUGCCAUUGUGGUUUUGCCUGGGUGCCAGUCUGUUUCUGCUGUUGCCAUAUAACACUUUCAAAGCCUGGGGAAGAAGGAGAAUAUGUGCAUUAAUUACUCUGAUCCUUAUAAUGUGACAAAGUGGUAGUUGUACAUGCUAGCAUGAUUAAUUAUGCAUUUAUAUUGUAACAUUUUACUUUGUUUAGUGUUUUGUUGCUCAAGUAUUUGAUGAAUAGUGUCUUAUGUUGCAUUCAUAACCAAGUGGGAAGGUGGUAAUUACCUGUUGUGAAGUCGUAUUGAGUUGGAUGCAUUCACAUGCUUUGAACUCGUUGAGAAAGCUGCGUCAAACCAGAAACUGAAAGUAUAGCUAUCAUGCUUAAACGAAUGAUAGUCUUCAAAAACAAUAAGAAUAGAUUGCUUUUCAUAAAUAAUGUUUCUUGUUGCAUUUAACUGUUGAAAAUGCCGUUAGAGGUCAUUUCCUUAACAGGUGAAUUCAGCAUGUGGGAGAAGUGGGAGCUCAGGGAUCAUAGACGAGUUUCCCAGUAGUAAUUGCGAGUUGGAAGGUCAUUCCAAGGGAUUUUUCCCAGUCGCAUAGUCCUAUAUACGAAUUUAUGAGGUCUUAUAUAAAGAGCUUCAAAAUAAAAAACAAAACAACCAAUACAUAUUAGUAGCUUAGCUAUAGUAAAGGUCAACUAAUAGAGGUCAAGUCUUUGAGUGCAUGUAUCCUCCAAAGAUGGAGAAGGGCAGUUCAUGGCUUGAUCAGGUGGUCAGGGAAUUGGUUGACGAAGAGUCUGGUGACAAUCAUGUAGAGGGCUACUCUGGGAAACAGCCUAAGUCAUGUAGCUACUGGACUUCUCCCUCACACUGUAUGGCACCCACUUGGGUGAACCCCCAGCAGGUCUAGGCAUCAGUCAUCCUCAUUAUGAGCUCUUUGCCUCAGCACUCCAAUUCCUCUCAAGUAUGAGGUGACUCUUCAAUUGAUGUUUUCAAACUCCAAAGAUCAGGAACCAGCAGCUAGGUGAAACAAAGAAGCUGGUACAAUGUCUAGAUGCAUCAUUCAAACAAAAACAAUGUGCCAGCUAACUAGCUAGCCAAGCCAAAAAGAGUGGACCUGCCAGUCCAUCUUCAAAUCUGUGGGUUAAAACCCCCAUGGAUAUUCAAUAAAACUCUAUGUUAUAAAAAAAACAGCUGAUAAAAAAUAUAUAUUUAAAACACUUACAAAUGAUGAAAUAUGUUCAUAUUUACAGGAUCUCUCUGCUUAGGUUGCUACUGGGGCGCUAUGGAAACUAUAGAACUAAUAAUAAGCCCAUUUGGGCUGGCCACCAAAUGUUGUAUGACAUGGAAAACAAAAAGAGAACAAACAGAUAUCAGGCUGAUUGUGUUAUUCAUGUACUGUAUGCUAUGUAUUAUACUCUACCAAGGACUGCAAAUAUAUUUUUAUAUUCAACCGCAAA